UCACACGACCUAGUGACAGUGUGAGCUCCACACCAAUAGGCGAUGGGGUCACACUGAGUCUUGGCAGCAACGCCAGCAAUCCGGGUUAUUACCUGCCUGUGGCUGUACAAUUUGAAUCUAUAUAGUACCCUUCCACGACACUCCUUCAAGUUUCUCGGUUUCAACACCAUGGCACUCUAUGCACGCCACCCCCGAUUUACGGUCGCCCUUCUCAUAUUAAUUUUCAUUUCGUUGGUCAUGUUUGCGAGUGACUCGGCAUCUUUUAGCUCAGUCCGCUCCAUGGCCUUCAACAAAUCUAGGGACGACGCGCUUGCAGAGGUCCUUGCGCUGGAAGAGACGCAUUAUGAAGAAAUCGUGCAGCGACGAAAGCAGCUCAUUAAAAAAUGGGGACCAACACCGGAUAAGGUUGACCCGUUCCCCUCGCAUGGCGAGUUUUACACGCUCUGGGACUUCUUUCUGCCGUCAUUCAGAUGCCCUCACCGCGUCGAGCGUAUUGGGAUUAUGGGCGAUGGAGGUAAAUGGGUCUGUGGACUAGAACGCAUAGCUCCCAAACGCGAAUGCAAUAUCUAUUCUUUCGGGGUUAAUGGCGAGUCGUCUUUCGAAGCGGAUCUUAUGAAAGCAGCGCCUGGUUGUCAGAUUUAUGGCUAUGAUUUCAGCGUCAGUUCCUUUGGUCCCGAGAUUGAACAAGAUAGGGAUUUGAAAUCACGCUCUCACUUUUUCUCGUACGCACUCGGGCCUGAAGACAAGCACAGCGCAGCCGACGAUCCAAAAACGUUUACUCUUCGUACUCUCAUGGACCGGAAUGGACACGAUUUCAUUGAUAUCCUCAAAGUUGACAUCGAGGGCAAUGAAUUUGAUUCAUUGUCAACGUUCAUCGACUCUUUCCAUGGUGAACCGCUCCCAUUUGGCCAACUCCAGCUUGAAGUGCACGUGUACCCAGGCAGUGCUUGGAACGACUUCCCGAAGUUCCUCGGGUGGUGGGAAAAGCUGGAAGCUGCUGGCUUGAGGCCGUUCUUCUCUGAGCCAAAUCUUGUCUAUGUAAACCUUGUCAGAGGCGUUCGGCCAGACCUUAUAGAGUAUUCUUUCAUUAAUAUUCGCGGUGAUCAUGAGCUAGUGUCCAACCGGCCCCCAUCUCCGCGAUCCGGCUAAAAAGUCUGCAGGUCGGACGGAUUCUUUAUUUAUCAAAAUCGGACAUGUUGCAUCGCUCCUUUAUACUGUAUUAAAGAUUUAUUGCUCCUGAUCAUGGACAAUAUCAAUUACUCGAUUUUUCCCUUACUGCAGGUGCCUUAGCUUCAAACGGAUCCAGAGACCACUCGUUUAUUACUACUAUGUAUGUCAAAUGAAGCCAUCAAGUCCAAGAUUUACCUCGCAGUAACGUUAGUGCUGGUGCCUUGCUGAUAUACCCC